ACCGUCGCCAUCACCCAUUACUCAUGUACCGUUGCAAGUAAUCCGUGAUAGGAUAGUCGUAAUGCGAAACUAAGCAGUUAACAUAGUGAACAUGAGCGAUUCCGUUCGCGAAAGGUUUUAAUUCCGCCCUAUUACAACGAUUUAGAGGAGUAAAAGCAGCUCAUGUUUGACACCUAAGAAGAGCAUGGCGGUGUCUUCAAGCAACGUCGGAGCCCCAUUCUUUGCAACUUCUGGCCUCCCGCUUUUAGCUUCCUGGGUGGCCUAGAUUCACCGAUGAAGAGCCGCGCUUCCCAGCCUCAAGCGGGGAUGAAGUGCACAGACAGCCAGGGCGGCAUUGGCUUUGGCAGCGAAAUCGAAGGCAUGCUUAGGGACCCAACCACGCGCCAAAGCAGCGGCGGAGCGGCAGUCGGCAGCGUUGCUAAUACCCUAGAUGACCUUAUGGCGGAGCUUGGUAUGUUGCGAAGCGACCGGCGCGAGGUGCCCGCAUCACCAGAUCGACCUCCCGCCAGUCGUGCCGGGUAUCGCCCCGGUCCGCGCGUAUCCAAUGGAGACGCAAUCACAAGCGGCUCCGACGUGCCGCUGCGACCGGUGACGCCGCUGGCACCACGGACCUCCACAGCUGCUGCCAGCCCAUCCACCGGGGCCAUGACACCCGCCGGAGCACCCCCGGUGGCAGCGGGCGGCAGUCUGCUGCUUCCGCCGGCCAAGGGGGCGCUGCCGGCGGUGCCCGGGCCCGGCCCCGUGCGGGCUCAGAGUCCCAUGGCCUCCCGACGGAGCAUUACUGGAGGGCCCCCUGGGUCGCCCCUCCCCCUGAGCCAGCCUUUUCCCGCACCCUCACCUGGAGUGGUGGAGCGGCAAGCCCUACUGGAGUCCCGCAUAGAAAGGAUGGAGGCUCGAGAGCACCAGCUGUUGUCCCUCAUAGCGCAGCUGCAGCAGCAGGUGGGCGCCCUCACCCGCGCUCAGCAGCAGCAGCCACCAUCACAACCGCAACCACAACAGUCGCAGCAGCAGCAACAGCCACCGCCACCACAACACCACCAGAUCCUGGAGUCUCCCUCCUCCCCUGUGGGACCCCCCAGCAGCACAGCAGCUCACCUUGGCGGCCGGCAGCCCAGUAGUAACUCCCAAUCGGGGCCGACAGGUGCCGCUGCGGAGGGGCUUCCCUUGGGGGGCGAAUCGCUUCCAAGCCCCAGUCCAGAGGCCGCCAUCAUCGCCGCUAGGAGCUGCAGUCGCGACGGGGACCCAGCGCAGCAGACCCAAGCAGGAGCUUCUGCUGUUGCUGCUGCUGCUGCUACUCCUGGUGCGGGCAUGCAGCGGCCGGGGACAGCGACCAACAGUGCGGUAUCCAUGGUUUCGGGGCCAGUGCCGCCGGCUAUGGGCGCUCCCAGCAGCAGCGGCCGGCCCAACAAGCUGCUGGGUCCGCAGCCCAGCCCGGCGGCGGAGUGGGAGGCGGAUGCCUCUCAGCUGCGCAAGGAGAUGGCCACCCUGGCGGCCGCUGUGGUGCGGUUGCGGGAGCAGCUGGGCUCCCUGGUGCCCGGAGGCCCCUCGCCGCUGUCGGAGGAGCUGGCGGAGCAGGCGGUGGGCAUGACGCAGCUUAAACAGAACCUCACGCAGAUUGCCAUGGAUGUGGUGUCUUUGCACAAGUCUCUCACGGCUUUCAAGCAAAACACGGAGCGAACGCACACGACGUUUGAGAAGGCUCUCAACGACAUACAGCUGCAGGCCCAGACUAACGCCCUGAAUGUGUUGGCUGCGGCGCCCGGCGGGGCGGGAGCGGUGUCGUCGGGGCCGCCUAACGCUGUGGCAGCGGCGCUCGCAGCCACUGGCGGAGUUUCCGGCACGCUGGAGGAGAGCCUGCGCUGCGCCUUCGCCAAGCCCGCCAUGCGGUCGCUGCCCACCUUCAGCAACACACCCGAGCUGGGCUUCAUGCCCGACAACUCCGGAGCGGCAGCCGCAGCGGCGGCGUUUGGAGACAUGGCAGGCGGCAGCAGUGCGGCGCGGAAGGGGCCCCAGGCAGCUGCUCCUGCUGCUGCGGGCGCCGCCGGAGGUCUGGGGGCGGCCUGGGCGUUGCUGAACAGCUUUGAGGAGCAGGCGGCGGCAGAGAAGGAGGAGCAGCAGAAGGCGGCGGUCAUUGCUCGCCAGGCAAUGACCAUCGUCGACGCCAAGGUGCAGCAGGUGGUGCUGCACGUGGACCGACAUAUGCACAUGAUCUCAGCGGAUGUGGAGGAGCGGCUGAGAAUGUACGAGCAAACCAUCAUUCGGAUGGCCCAGCAGAUAGACCGCGUGCAGCGGGUGCUGCGGGAGCUGCAGGAGCAGGGCCCCGCUACUUCCUCACGCAUUGUCGUACGACAAGGCGUGAAGGAGGUGGAGGUCGGCGACGCCGGCGGCGCUGCCGAGGGAGGCGUGCUGCCCUCCGGCGGGGGCGCCGAGGGGGCCAAGAAGGAGCCGGCUGAGAGGCCGGAGGAGGCGUCGCUGGCGGGAGGGGUUGAGGCGGAAGGAGGAGUGGCUGCUGAUGGCGCGAACUCGACUGCGAGGGAGAACUGGGUCAAGGCGGCAGCCAUGGCAACCGGCCGCUUCGUGCCUCAGAAGGAGGAGGAGAAGAAGGGCGCAGCGCGCUCCACGCAGCAGCACGGCUACUUCCGGGCACCUGCUACCAAGCCAGCAGCACCUUAGCGGCAUCCAUGUGAGGCUUCCGUUUCCGCGUGAGCGGUGCGAAUGGUAGGUUGGCGCCACCGUUGUUGUUAAUUUAUAUUCCUAUCGUGCAUCACGGAGGCUCGGAUGUGGACAUCGUGCCAGGAGGUUCUGACGGACAUCGGACGACCCACAGCUAUCCGCCUGUAGGCGUUCUCUAGCGGAGCAGUUGUGCGCUGCAGCAAGCAAGCGACCUAGGCGGGUGAAUGGGCUCUGUGUGGCAUCUACCGGUAUAGCCCUUCGGCAUGUAGCCUUGGCGUGUUGAACGACUUUCUAGUUCGACAUGAUUUGGUGUAGCGCCAGGUUUGUGUAAGACCCGGCGCAAGGCGUUUUUUGAUGUUGCAUGCAUGCAUUCUUGGACUCCUGUGUUACCCUGUACCUUGCUUUGGAUGGCGUCCGCAGAGGCGGACAUGGUCGGUGACCGUCCCGCCCCAAGCUCCUGGCUGGAAACGUGUGUACAUAGACGCCGGGGCCGGAAGGGCGCAAUUUAGGGUCAGCCUGUUAAGUCCUAGGGGGCUAGGAUUCUGAUUUUUGGCUCCUGCUGUGUUGGAGCGUGGGGAACAUACAUGCGUUACGCAUGUGUUGUAGAAACCGUGCGGAAGGCGUGAAGCUAUAACUCAUUCUCGUUUGGGUGGUCAUGGUGUUGCGGUUACAUGGUAGAUAGUAGCCUCAUCACCCAUGCUCUCUUCUUGUGAGAACCACUGUAACGGUAAACAUUUCACGUUGUCAAGUCCCCUUGUGCUCCAGCUGAAGCAAAAGCUUAUCUGGAUGUAACGAUAGGAUAUGAUCGCUACCGGGACCCCCCGGGACCCCGAUACGUACGGCACUGGACCCCGAUGCUUGGACGAGUAUCGGGGUCAAUGGGGUCCCGGCUUUACAAGCCGCAAAGCUAGCACGCUUUUACAAUUGGGAAUGUUAUCUUAGUAUAACUAUGCCCUUGGUGUAACAGGAAAGACUGC